AUGAAUUUUUCAACACAAGGAAUGGUUGAUAUGAUUUAUGUGCUAGGAGCAAGUGACAAAAAUUCUUUAUUGGCAAUAAGAUUGUAUAAUCAACGUCACCCAGACAGAAGAGAACCGUGUAGGAAAACUCUCGAUAGUCUUAUGGAGCGUUUCAAGUGUACAGCAAGUGAGGCAUAUGAGAAGAAAGAAAGAGUGAAACCAGUUUCACAGUUUUUAACAUACAUGUUCAUGAAUGAAAACGAUAUUUUUGAAUAA